AUGUCUCAAGGGCACCCCGCCUACCCCCAGCGAAAUGCCUUCGCGACCUCCUCCAAGCUGCCCGACCGAACAUUUUCCUCAGCCGGUACCGCGACACAGCCGCAAUUCGCGCGAUCGGCCUACUCGCGCCGACCAGAAUAUGCGCCUGGACCAGGAGCGCAGUCUGCGCCACAGUAUGGCCAGCCGCGACAGACGUCCAUGGAGAAGGAGCAGGAUAUUUACUCGAGUCUGCCCGACGACCAGCGCGAUGAGAUUCAAGAGGCUUUUACACUGUUCGACCUCGACAACGACAAAUACCUCUCCUUCCAAGAAAUGCGCGUCGCGUUUCGGGCGCUCGGCUUCAAGAUUCCACGGCCGGAGCUGAAGCAAAUGCUGGAGGCGCACGGUACCGUGUCGCCCGCGGUGAUGGAGCGACACCGGCAAAAGGGCGGCACGGAACCAGAACACUACCACGUUAGCAGCCUGCUGAUAUCGCAGGCCGCCUUCGUGCGCAUCGCGGCGCAGAGGGUGGCCGCGCGCGACCCGCUGGAAGAAGUGGAGCGCGCGUUCAACCUGUUCGACCAGGAUCGGAAAGGCUACAUCGUCUUCGAGGACUUGCGCAGGGUGGCGCACGAGCUGGGCGAGACGGGGCUGGAAGAUGAAGAACUACAUGCUAUGAUCAACGAGUUCGACUUUGACGGGACGGGCUCGGUUGCGCGAGAGACGUUUUACUCAAUCCUCAUGCAGUGA